CCACUCUUUUGCCGUGCGGUUCACCUGCGGGACUACCUGUGCGCUAAAUCUGCUGUAAAGCUGCUGCAAACUCUUGCUGCUGCUGUUUAUACAGCAUUUCUAAAGGAAUCUUGCCUGCAAACAAAAAGCGAUCAUGUCACUUCAGGAUUGCUUUGUGAAGGAAAUGUUCCUUUUUGCAUCUGGCUCUGAAAUCAGCUGAUGGCCUCUUCAAACCGGAAGUGGAGUUUUCCUAGCCUGUUCACAUCGCAUCAUAUCAUCCCAUGGGAUUUACUUUGAUGCUUCCCUUCAUCAAGAUAAUUCCAUGUUGUGCAGCAGAGCUGGUGGCUACAAGAAAACAAACUGUUGAAAGCUGAAAAUUGACCUCCUUUAUGAGAUUCAGGGAUAGAUGACUGUCAGCUAAUAAACAGACAACCAGAACUUAAAUUUUUAGUUCAUUAUUGGCACAAGAAUAGCUGGGACAACCUUAACCCUCAACAGGAUUGCCUUCUGGGUAGCAACAUGUCAGACACUGACUCCAAAAGACUUGAGCUCUUUAGCAACAUCCUGAAUGGUUGCAGUGUAGGCCCAUCCUGUAAUAACUCCAAUCUGAUUUUCCACAACACAAGCAUCGACAGCGGGCUGGAGAUUGUAGAUGAUGGAUCCCCCUGGCUAAGAAUAGUCAUCUCUGUGGUGUACUUUGUUGUGGCUACAGCAGGAGUGUUGGGGAACUUGUUAGUGAUGUUCCUGCUGUAUUCCACUCGCACCAUCACCACAGGCACCAUCAAUUUAUUUGUGUUCAACUUAGCUUUGGCUCACUUGCUGUUCUCCCUGGCCUUGCCGUUUUGGGCCGUAGACAUUGCACUGGACUACAGCUGGCCGUUUGGCUUGGCCACAUGCAAGGCUGUGUCCUUACUCACUGGGCUCAAUGUGUUUGCGAGCUGCUUUUUCCUGACAGCUAUGAGUUUGACCCGGUACUGCUAUGUGGCCACUGCCCUCAAACCCAGAGCCCCCCUGUGCAGUAGACCUUGCACUUCUCCGGUGGCCACAGCUUUUAUCUGGGCUGGAGCGCUCGUAGCAGCGUCACCCCGAGCUGUGUUUGCUGACCUGAGACGUGUGGGCAGUGGCAACGACACAGCAUGCCUGCUCCGUUUCCCAGUUGGUACAGCCUGGCUUGGAGUAAACCAGCUCCUGCGAGUAGUGCUGGGAUUUCUGCUGCCCUACGCCACCAUCACCCUCUCCUACCUGCUUCUGCUGCGCUUCCUCUGUCGGCAUAAACUGAAGGGCAGCAAUUCUCGGCGAAAGGUAGAUAUUUCAAAGUCUGUGGCAGUGGUGGUACUUUCGUUCUGCUUGUGCUGGUUCCCAUACAAUAUCCUCACACUUUGGAGUGUCCUGAUCCAACUUGACAUUGUUGAUAUCAGCCCCUCAUUCUACUUGGCUCAAACAUACUUUUUCCCUCUGGCCAACUGCUUGGCUUUCACCAGCAGCUGCUUCAACCCUGUCAUCUAUUGCCUGGUGAGAAAAGAAUACCGUGUGGCUCUCCACAAUGUGCUCUUCAAGUUGAGCCUGGCUAUUGUGUCCAAGAUACCCUAUGGCAUUAAUUCGGAGCAGGGCUCGGGACAAGCUGGGCAGCUGGCCAUUCCACUCAAUGACAUGUUCAGCCAGACAACGCAAAGUGACACACAGAGAUAUGCACCUCUGUCAGCACUUCCAACAGUAGUGUCCAUCCUGUAAAGCCACAACACAAUGAUCACAUUCUUUACACCUAUACUUUAGUUUUAUGUAACGAGGAUGGUAUGUUUAAUUUUAUGGAUUUUGAUUGUGUGCUUUAGGAGGACCUGUCUUUUCUUCUAAGGAUGUGCAGUAUAUAUAUUUCAGAUCUGUUGUGAAUAUGCUGCAUCUUAAACACACCUAAGCUUUUGUGGGUCUUGCAUUUUACAGUUUUAGCUGUCUGACUGGGCUGCACAACUCGAGUCUUAUUUAAUGAAGGCAUAAUAGAAGAUAUCCCUCCUGUUCCUUUUCUUCUCCAUCUUCUCUUAUUGUUGUAUUAUUAACAUGAAAUACUAUACAAUAGUUUACUAUUGUAUGAAACUAAUGUAUACAUGUUUACUACUGCAGUUUGGAACAAUUAAUA